ACCAGAUUUCUGAUUUGCGCAGCUGCGCAGCGCAAGCGAAUCCGUCGUCGCCGCCCAGCGCGAUUCGAACUGCGCGCCGUUCCCGCCCCCGAGCACCCCCGAGCUACCCCGAGCUACCCCGACGGGCCCCGACCGCCAUUUGCUGACAUGGCGUCUUGAAGUGUUGUGGUGUAGUGUCCUGCCCGGGGAUCGACCCUCAGUUUGGUGCCGCUCUCAAGUGUUACACCAACGGUAACAAAAUUGCGCCCGUACCACCAAUGACAAGUCUGAACUACCGCUACCCACAGCCAACGCAGUAUCAGCCAGACGUAGGAUCCCCAGCUCCGCAAAACAUGUCUUCCCAACGUUUCUGUCUUCGGUGGAACAACCAUCAGUCGAAUUUGUUGUCAGUAUUCGACCAGCUUCUCCACGACGAGAGUUUCGUCGACGUCACGUUAGCCGUAGAAGGCCAGCUUUUACGAGCGCAUAAAAUGGUCCUUUCGGCGUGCAGUCCGUACUUCCAAACUUUGUUCGUUAAUCAUCCCGACAAACACCCGAUCGUUAUUUUGAAAGAUGUCCCGUACAGCGACAUGAGGAGUCUGCUGGACUUCAUGUACAGGGGGGAGGUCAGCGUGGACCAGGACAGGCUGACGGCUUUUCUGAGGGUCGCGGAGAGUUUAAGGAUAAAGGGUCUGACCGAGGUAAACGAAGAGAAAUGUGAUACAAUAACGUCAUCCCUGACGCAACAAAACCAAAUGAACGCCAACAUGCCACACCUGCAAAGACUGCAACAACAGAACAAGAGGUUCGGCAACCCUCUGAACAUGCUCGGCAACGCCCUCCUCCAGCCGAAACGGAAGCGCGGCAGGCCUCGGAAGCUCUCGGGCAGCUCGAACGGCACCCCCGGCGAGGACUUCGACAGGGGCGACGCGCUGGUCCAGGGAAGCCCCGAGAUGCUCGAAGUGAAGAUGGGCAUGGACGGGUUCGGGGGCAACGACUCCGACCGCAGCACGGGCAAGUCGGACGCGAAAGAGAACGAUCUGGACGAUGCCAAAGUCAAGGAGGAGAGCGAGCCGGUGGCGGGCACCUCCAAGGAGCAGACGUUCAACAACGCGAAGAACGUCGACGACUUUCAGUCUUCCGAUUCGCCGCUGGCCCAGCAGCUGCUCAGCCCGAAGCAGGAGUGUACCACCCCCGAGCCGCCCGCGGCGAGCGAGGCCCGCCUCAGCGCCACCGACAGCAUAAACAACAACACGACGACGCCGCCGUCCACCAGCGCGCCCGCCGCCAACAUGAGCGCGCCCACGUCCGGCCGGCAGCCCGUGAAGCGGCGGGCGCGCCGCCGCGCCACCUCCCAGAGCCAGGACCCCGCCGAGCAGCUGACGGAGAUGUCCGUCCGCGGCCUCAACCUGUUCCGGUACGCCUCGAUCAGCGAGGGCGUCUACCAGUGCACCGAGUGCGCCAAGGUCGACGUGCAGAAGACGUUCAAGAACAAGUACAGCUUCCAGCGGCACGCGUUCUUGUACCACGAAGGACACCAGCGCAAAGUGUUUCCGUGCCCCGUGUGCCAGAAGGAGUUCUCGAGACCCGACAAAAUGAAAAACCACAUGAAGACUGUGCACGACUGUUUCAUGCCGAAGGACGUCGUGUUCCCGCCGAUGGGGUUUUUUCCAAUACCGUGAAGACGUUGUAGACUUCGCGGCUCAGAUUCGGUUGCGCUGGAACGCAAUUAAAAAAUAAGCGAGAAUUGAUUUCGUACUUGGUGCUAGUUGGCUAAAUUCGAGCGGUUUGCAAAGUACAAUUUAAGUAAUAGUACUAGUUAGUUGUUCUUGUGAUUAACCUUGUAGCGGUUAAAAACGGCCUUGUGAAGGCUCUGUAAAGUAGAGUAAUACCACUGCUAAGCAGUUAUAAUCCAAAUUAUUUUUUAAUUCGGGGGCGGGCGGCGUCGGUUCGGUGCUUUAAGUGGUUGGAGUUCGGGCGCGUGCGUACAAGACAUUCUAAAUUUCCCAGGACGCAUGCGCGCGAGCUUGAAUUUCCCGCCACAGGUGGGUCGGGACCGGCGCCGCGCUACCACUAAUUCAAUAUUAACAUCGUACUAGUUUUUGUUUGUUUCUAAAGUUUAUUAUAGUUUUUUCUUUUUUUUUUUUUGGUUUGGAUAGAGUAGGGGUCUUGCAAAUACCUAGGAUAGUUCAUUUACACAAAUAUUGUUCAUAACAGAGCGUCUAUUAUAACCUUUACAUUAAGUAUGUAGAAUAAUGUUUAUACAUAAUAUUUAAAUAUGACUGCACAGAGUAGACAAUAAUAUUUUAUAUGCCGUCAGCGCACAAAUGUAUCAAUUAAGUAAACUAUGAAGUAUUUAAUUUAGGUGUUGGGACAAUGAAAAACAAUAUUUUUUUAAUUCUUUGCCAUUGAGAAUCUUUAUUUAUUUUAUUCCUCUUUAAGCUUAAUUCUCGUUGUUUCUCUUAGCAGUAGUCACUAACGCGACACCCGAGACAGAAUAUCGAUUGUUAUUAUUAUGGCAAUGUAAUCAAAAUCGUCGAGAUAUCAGAUAUCUAAAAAUAUCUAACGCAAUAGCUUGUAUAAUCACAUUGUGAUAGUGUUUUUGUUUGUUUAUUUUUUGUUUUUACAUUUGUUAGGCCGAGGCCAGUUUCGUCACUGUUCUUCCAUGUAAGAUUGUUACUGUUGAUUAAUAAUUAAUAACGAAGCAGUUACAGUCUUUAGUAAGAAUAAUACUAAGUGCAAUUAAUGUAAAAUUAUAUACUAAUGUUAAUAGUUUAAGAACAGAAUAUCCCGUAUAUUUUGCAAAGCAUUUGCAACUUUGUUAUCAAAUUUAUAAUAAUGUUUAUAGAAGGAAAUUUUAAAAAUUUAUUAUAUAUACAUAUUCGCACACUUUUGUCGUCAGAUCGUUUAUUUCAUUUCUAAGCAAUUUAUAAUUGUGUUGAUUUAUCUACGGUUUUUUACUUUGUAUUAAAUGCUUUUAGCUUAUGUAUCAUAUUUUGAUUUCUUUAUUUGUGUUAUUUUCGUUAUAGAUUAUUUUUAAAGUGUCACUUUGGUGCAAAUUGUAUUAUAUCUAUUUGUGUAAUUUUACUUCACAAAAAUCUAUCAUAAGAAUUAAUUGUUUGUUUAUUGUACUUUUCAUUAUUAAUAAAUCUACCUCUAAAUAUUAA